AGGCGCUCUCGAUUUCUACAGCUUUGGUUGAUUUUCUCUUUCUCCACUUCAGUCAUCCACUCUCCUCAGUCUCAGAUCUCGCUCGUCGUCGCGCCGAUGCGGUUCGCCUCCUUCUUCGAUGUCGCCUUCCGGGCCUUCCGAGAUCCAUCUGCUCUCUCCAAGCUUGUCGUCAUUAUCGCAGGCGCCAGCAGUGGAGGUCUUGUUGCUUAUGCCGAUGCAAAAUUAGAUCGGGAUUUGGCUUCAUCUCAGGAAUCUACAAAGAAGAAGGUGUUAAUACUUGGCACUGGUUGGGCUGGCACUAGCUUCAUAAGAAACCUGGACAGCUCCCUUUAUGAUGUACAGGUUAUAUCACCUCGAAACUAUUUUGCAUUUACCCCUUUACUCCCAAGUGUUACUUGUGGAACUGUGGAAGCACGAAGCAUUGUUGAGCCGAUCCGCAACAUCACGAGAAAGAAAAGGGGUGAAAUUAAAUUUUGGGAAGCUGAGUGCUUUAAAAUUGAUCCAGCAAACAAGAGAGUUCAUUGUCGGUAUACUACGGCUGCAAACAGUGGCAGAAUGGAUGAAUUUCUUGUUAAUUAUGACUGCCUGGUGGUAGCAGUAGGUGCCAGGUCAAACACUUUUAACAUUCCCGGUGUGGAGGAAAACUGUCAUUUUCUUAAGGAAGUAGAGGAUGCUCAAAAAAUUCGUAGGAGUGUCAUGGACUGUUUUGAAAGGGCCAGCUUGCCAAAUCUAGAUGAAGCUGAGAGGAAGAAGAAUCUUCAUUUUGUUGUUGUCGGAGGUGGCCCAACUGGUGUUGAAUUUGCUGCUGAGUUACAUGAUUUCGUUGCUGAAGAUUUAUCCAAAUUAUACCCUUCUCUUUAUGGCCUAGUGAAAAUAGAAGUCAUUGAAGCUGGAGAGCAUAUUCUGACAACGUUUGACAAAAGGAUUGGCAAGUUUGCGGAAGAGAAGUUCCAGAGAGAUGGUAUUGAUCUUAAAACAGGAUUCAGAGUCAUAAAUGUCUCUGAUAAAGAAAUAACUAUGAGAUCCAAGACAACUGGAGAGUUUUCAGAACCUUAUGGCAUGGUUGUAUGGUCUACUGGUAUAGGUACCCGACCUCUUAUUGCGGACUUCAUGAAGCAAAUUGGUCAGGGCAAUAGGCGUGUUUUGGCUACUGAUGAAUGGCUAAGAGUUUGUGGAUGUGAUGGUAUCUAUGCAGUUGGCGAUUGUGCAUCAAUCAGUCAAAGGAAAAUCAUGGAAGAUAUUGCAGAAAUAUUUAGGAUAGCGGAUAUAGAUAACUCUGGAACUUUAACAGUGAAAGAAAUUCAGGAUGUUUUAGAAGAUAUUUGCUUAAGGUAUCCCCAAGUGGAACUAUAUUUGAAGAGCAAGAGAAUGAGCAGCAUUCUUGAACUUCUAAAGGAUUCUAAAGGUGAUGCUAAGAAAGAGGCCAUAGAAGUGGACAUAGAAGAGUUCAGAAAAGCUCUUACUGACGUGGAUUCACAAGUAAAGACACUUCCAGCUACAGCACAGGUUGCUGCACAGCAAGGGACCUAUCUUGCCAGAUGUUUUAAUAAAAUGAAGGACGCUGAAGAGCAUCCUGAAGGUCCUCUGCGCAUCAGAGAGGGUGGCCGUCACCAAUUCCGCCCUUUUCGGUACAAACACUUGGGUCAAUUUGCUCCAUUAGGAGGUGAACAAGCCGCUGCACAGUUACCAGGAGAUUGGAUCUCUAUAGGCCAUAGCUCGCAGUGGUUAUGGUAUUCUGUAUACGCAAGUAAACAGGUGAGUUGGCGGACAAGGUUUCUGGUGAUUUCAGACUGGACAAGACGAUUCAUAUUUGGAAGGGAUUCUAGCUGCAUAUAAUCGCAAUUUUCUCCCUCCAUUUGAUUUUCAUCUGUAUCAUCCUCUUCUUUAGAGCAGCUUUUUCAAUGACAUCCUUUGUUUUAUGUUGAACCGGUUAUUUGUUUUUGCAAUCCAGAGUAAUAGCUAAAAACUGGAUGUUUGUGUAAAUAUUCGAACAAACCCAAGUUACUUUGAUAAUGAAAUAAACCUUUUUUAAA